GUGCCUUAUCUGUUGCUUAGUUGUCUUCAAUGAAUCUAUGCCAUCUCCUUCUUGGAAAAACCCACCCAAAAUUCCUCUCUUUUUCCCUCUUCAAUCUUCAGUUUUAUAUAUAAACAUGUCCCCUUUCAUCACUCUCAAUAACCCAUCAAUUAUCCACUCUCAUUUUGAGCAAUAUCUCACUUUGUAGUCUUUGUUUUCUAUUACCCAAUACCUCACUAUGGCUACACCAAACUCCCAACCCCACUUCCAAGAUUUCUUGCCUGUUAUGGCCAACAAGCUUGGUGGUGAUGGCCUAAUAGAUGAACUGUGCAAUGGGUUUAAUCUGUUGAUGGAUUCUGGUAAAGGGGUCAUCACAUUUGAGAGCCUCAAGAGAAAUUCAGCAUUGCUUGGCCUUCAGGAAUUCAGUGAUGAGGAUCUUCACUCCAUGCUUGUGGAAGGUGACUUUGAUGGUGAUGGGGCCCUCAAUCAGUUGGAGUUUUGUGUCUUGAUGUUCAGACUUAGCCCUGAACUCAUGGAGGGGUCUAAGUUGUGGUUGGAGCAAGUCCUUCAACAAGAAAUCCAAGAUUGUUUCUAAUAUUCUUUUUCUUUUCCUUCCCUUUUGAUUCAUUUGUCAUUUUGGACAAUUUUCACAUAUACUCUUGUAAGGAAACAAUAGAAAAAUGAAAUAGAAAAAGUGCUUCAUUUGAUAUUUCCUCCUUGUAUAGUCUUUAGUUUAAUUCAAUUAUUAUGAACAAAUGCUGGUUAACCAUGAAAUGUGGAUCUGUACCUCAAUUCCUUACUUGUUUGGUUUGUUUCCAUUUUUUUUCUGUUCUAAACAAUUGAUGAUUGGAUGCAUUUCUUAUUCCCACCUUGAAUCUGAACUGCUUGUGAUUCAGUCCAAAUUAUCGGCUACCUUUAGAGACAAGCUAAAUAAAGUGGAGAAGACUUGGAACAAACCGAAAGACCAAAAUGCAUUUUUUUCCCCACUCGUCACUACUCAGUAUUCAUCUUUAAGAUUCGUAAGCUGAAAUAUUGUUCUAAAAUAUUGUGAUGCAUUAGCCUCUAGAAGUUGCACACAUAUAUGCAUUUAACUGAUGGCUCUUAACAUUUCUUGAAUGAAACAACUACUUCAACCUUCAAACAUGAAUUUAAGGAAGCACGGAGGCAAUAUUAUGAAUCUAGGAAAAUAGGCAAUCACAGAAUCUAUCCAUGCGUUUUAUAUGCCUCUAUUCUGUUUUAAUUCAUGCUUCAAUUUGUCUAGGAUUGAAGCAUGAUGACUUGGAAUAAACAAACAAAAAAGUGACCCCCUGAGAUGUAAUCUAUACAUGGCCAUGCUUACACAGGGAGUGUGGUACUUGAAGGUUACCCUAUAAUUCAAUUUAUGAUAUGGAAAGGAUCGGUAGAACUUUGCCGUAAUGGACCUUGGGAUGGCCAUGAAUUCGGUGACAUUCCUGAAUUGGCAACCAUUCUACCUUUUGACUUUAAGAUUGUGUCCAACAAUGAUGAAGUGUACUACACAUACACCCCCCAAGAAUAAGUCAUCGAUUACAAGGGUUGUUUUGUACCAACCAAAUUAUGCUCACCUAGGCUAUACAUGGAUUGAAAAAGCACAAUCUUGGAGGCUUAAUUCAAUUUUUCCUGGAGACAAAUGUGACUACUGCAAUCUUUGUGGUUCAUUUGGGAUUUGUGACAUGGAUAAGGCCCCUCUGUGCAACUCCAUACUUGGAUUCAGACCAAAAUCACCCCACGAUUGGGACACAAUGGAUUGGACACAAGGGUGCAUGCAAAGCCGAUCUUGGAGUUGUAGGGAGAAGAAUAAAGAUGGGUUUCGCAAACUUAAUAGCAUUAAGCUGCCUGACACCAGAAAAAAUUUGGUUGAUGCAAGUAUGACACUUGAGGAAUGUAAGACUAAAUGCUGGCAAAUUUGUUCUUGUACUGCUUAUGCAAACUUAAAUAUCGCGGGUGGACGAAGUGGAUGUGUGAUUUGGUUUGAUUGAUCUAUUUGAUAUGAAAUACAUUUCAUAUCCUGCGCGGGAUUUGUAUGUUAGAAUGGCUACAUCAGAAAUAGGUACAGACAAACCGUUGUUUGAUUUCAAAUACAUAUUUGUUCUUCUGAAUAUCUUUAAUUAGAUGUUUAAUAUU